AUGUACCGCCGACGCGCGCUCGCCUUCGCCCGGCGCCGCCGCCGCUGGCUCCUCUGGGCGGGUGCCGCCGCGGGGUGCUACCUGAUCUACCGCCACCCGGCCGUGGCAGCGCGGCGCCGCCGCCUCGCGCGCCUCGCCUCCGCGCUGGCCUCCCUCGCGGACGCCGCCGCCGCCGUGGCGUCCGACCUCGCGGCCUUCCUCCGCUCCGACUCCGACGCGGUCCCGCAGAGCCUCAAGCAGGUCUCCAAGCUCGCCGCCUCGCCCGAGGCGUCCGCGUCCGCGUCGGCGCUGUCCGGGGCCCUCGCCGCCGGCGUGCUACGCGGAUACUACGCCGCCGCGCCGGGGUCCGGAGCCGCCCCCGGAACCGAAGUCUCGCUCUCGGACCGCGUGCUGGACAGGGUGCUCUCCCCCGACGGGGAGCGCCUCGCUUCCGCCGUCGCCGGCAGCUUCGGGCGCCACCUCGUGCUCGCCUUCUACUCGGCCCCGCCCCAGCCUUCCGCGACGGACGCCUCGCCGGCGAGCUGGGUCGAUGCCCUUACCACACCGAGGGGCCAGAGGGCGAUCCGCAGCUGGGUCGAGGUCUUCACGGCCACCGCCGUCGGCGUCUUCAUAGACAAGACCAUCCACAUCAACACCUACGAUCAACUAUUCGCUGCCGCCACCAACCCUAACUACGGCGCCAGGCUGCAAGAGCUUUUUGUAGCACUCUGCAGCACCUCCGUCGAGACACUGGUCAAGACCUCACAUGGCGUCCUGUCCAGUACCAGUGGAAAUGCCAGUGGCACUGGCAGCUCUGGUUCCGGCAUCAAUGGUGGGGCUGGUGAAGGGUGGGUGGAGACAGUGUCAAGUGUGCUGGUGGUGCCAAGCAACCGCAAACUUGUUCUGGAUUUGACGGGCGCGGCGACAUUCGAGGCAGUGCGGUCGUUCCUGGAGUUUGUGCUGUGGAAACUGAACGCUGGUGCAAGAGCUGGAGGUGAUGCCACAAUUGGGGCUGGAUUGCGUGCUUUGAGGCAUAUGAGUGAUAGGUCCAUGGUAAUUGCCACGGUUUGCAUAGCAUUAUGCCUGCAUGUCUUGAAUAGCACUUGGCUCUUGGUUCCGUCUUGA